GCUAGGCUAGCUGCUAGCUCCGUCAGUAGUCAGCACAGACGCACCGGCUCUCCUCCCCGCGGUGCCGCUCGGACUGAAGCCGCCUCCGUCGCCUCUCUCUCGGACAGACGCCGCUCGGGACGCAGCGCAGCAGCAACAUGAUUAAACUCUUCUCCCUGAAGCAGCAGAAGAAGGACGAGGAGUCUGCGGGAGGGAACCGGACGGGAGCCGGCGGCAAGAAAGCCAGCGCGGCCCAGCUGCGGAUACAGAAAGACAUCAAUGAGCUGAAUCUGCCAAAAACGUGUGAGAUCAACUUCCCCGACGACGAUGACCUGCUCAACUUCAGACUCAUCAUCUCACCAGACGAGGGCUUUUACAAAGGAGGGAAAUUUGUCUUCAGCUUUAAGGUCGGACAGGGUUACCCCCACGACCCCCCCAAGGUCAAGUGUGAGACCAUGGUGUACCACCCCAACAUCGACCUGGAGGGGAACGUCUGCCUCAACAUCUUAAGAGAGGACUGGAAGCCCGUGUUGACAGUGAACUCCAUCAUCUACGGUCUACAGUAUCUAUUCCUAGAGCCUAACCCUGAGGACCCGUUGAACAAGGAGGCAGCAGAAGUCCUUCAGACGAACCGACGGCUCUUUGAGCAGAACGUCCAUCGCUCUCUGCGGGGGUUACGUGGGCGCCACCUACUUCGAGAGGUGUCUUAAAUAACUCGGCGUUCCAUGAUCCCCCCCCUCCCCCCUACACUC